AAAGUCAUUCUGCAGUACAUGGCCAGAAUGUGUUUUGUCUAUGAAGUCGGGGAGAACUGCUUGUCGCUGCAGCCGGAGAAACAGGAGCCUCCACCUGUGAAGAACACCAACUGCAGCAUGAAUGGUCAGGCAGGACCAGGCAGAGAGGACUGCGUCUUCAAAAUGGAGAGAGGACAAGAGACAGUGGGCUCCUUGAGCGCCGAGGAGAGGGAAGACAUGGAUCAGAUGGUGAGUCCGAUAGGCUCCAUUGGGAAGAACCCCACCAACAACUACAGCACUUGGAAGAAUGGCAUUUUCAUGAGCAUGGACUGUGGAGAAGCAGGGGGUCAGAUGAGAUGCAGGAAGGGAGGUGUGAGUGAUGGAGAAAGAAGAGACAGAGAGGUUUCCUGCAACAGCCAAAGCACCGAGAGGCAGCUACUGCGUAACAUUGAGUACAUAGCCAACUGUUACAGAGAUCAGAGGGCAACGCAGAAAAGGACUGGGGAGUGGAAGAAAGUAGCUAAAGUUUUAGACCGCUUCUUUAUGUGGAUAUUUUUCAUCAUGGUGUUUUUCCUGAGCCUUCUCAUUAUGGGCAAAGCGAUCUAAUUAACUAAUCAAAUUAAUUAAUUGAGAUUGAAUUAACAUUCAGAUUGCACUUUUUCCUAUGGUCUUAGUAAUGGUCUAUUCUGGAGGCUGCCAACACCCACCUGACUGCAGUCCUAAUUAUUAGAAUUAGAUGUUUAAUACAAGUUUUGUUCAUUGGUUUUUUUGUUGAUAACUUGCAUUCCCCAACUUUCGCCCCAAUACUGUACGAAAGUUCAGCAAAGAAAUAGCAAGUCAGUUAGUAAAUCAACACACUUUUCCACAAUUGUGUGCUUUUUUAAAAUUUGAAAUAGAUAGAAUAUGGAUUAGUUUCUGUACAUGUAUUUCCUUGUGUCAGAAACAAUAAGUCAAUCGAUUCAAAGAUGCAACCAAAAGCAGUGACACAUAAAUAUGCUAUCCAUUGCUGCUUCACACAUCUCAAAGAUAAUUAUUUAUUUUUUAAUCUGUUAUGGAUAUUGUAUCUGAGAAGUAACACACAACAGUUCUGAGACCAUUUCAAAUCACACAUUAGCUUGAGGUAAUAAUUGUUGCAAUUUGCAAAUGUAAUGUACGUAUAUUAGUGAUCGACUUUACGAAGGGAAAAAGUACUUUAUUAAUCCCUCAUUGGGGAAAAUGUAAUUUUACUCUCAUGACAUGAAUCAGUGAAAGAGAGAGAAUGAUUCAACAUUACAGAAGAGUCAAUAAGCGAUACAAAUCUUCUCUUCAUGCGUAUUAUCCCGAGUCUUUUAAAGAACAGGCUCAUGACUCAUUAAUCUAAACCCAAAGGAAAGUAAAAAGCUUAACUGAUUUGAGUCAGUGUCGGUUUGGAGAUGCAAGGACAACUUAGUCAGACCUCAAGAACUGUUGAGAGGUCUGGUUGACCUUUCAUCAAGAGAUCAUCCUACAGCCUCUUUACAUGAAAGGAAAGGAUUUCAGGUUUUAUUCAGUACGUCACUUUAGGAUUUUGUCAUUCAAUGAGAAAAGUAAAAUCAAGUUUAAAAAGUUACCUCAAACAACACCUCAAAAACCAAACCAUUUCUUCGGAAAUUUUGAGUAUGUAUGCAAGUUUUAGUGUAAUGUGUGUUGGGUAG